UCCAGCGUGCCCCCAGCACUCAGCGAGCAACUCGGGGCACUCAAGCUGCUGACUACAGAUCCCUGUGCAGAGCCAUGGCGGGGGACGGGGAGCUCAACCGUGUCAUCAAGGACUUGCAGAAGACCGUGGCUGAGCUGAACUGCAGCUACCGGGAGCAGAACCUGCCGGUGACGGAUGGGAGCCGGGAGCUGCACAGCCUCUGUGCCCAGCUGGAGUUCCUCCUCCAGUUCGACCUCAAGGAGAAGAGGAGCUUCUUUGGGCAGCGCAGGGACUAUUGGGACUUCUUGUGCCAAGGCCUGGCACGGUGCCGGCAGGACCAUGAGGGCGUUCAGUUCGUCACUUCCCUGGACAAGCUGAAGACCCCUGUGGGCAGGGGCCGAGCCUUCCUGCGGUACUGCCUGGUGCAUCGGCAGCUGGCAGAGUCCCUGCAGUUCUGCCUCCUCGACCCCGAGAGCCUCCGCGAGUGGUACUACGCCCGCAGCCCUUUCCUGAGCCCCCAACAUCGGGCAGAGAUCCUGGGCAGCCUCUAUGAGCUGGACUGUGUCACCUUCCACCUGGCCCUGCACAGGGACGACCUGGACAUCGCCUGGCCUAUGUUCUCUGAGUCGCUGGCAGGGGAUGUAGAGGUGGAGGAUAUGGAGAUGGAAAACGCAGAGAUGAAGAAGGACAUGAAAGAGGAGGAUGAAGAGGAGGUGGAAAAGGAUGAGGACAAGAAUACGGAGGAGGAGGUGGAGGAGGUGGAGGAUGUGAAGGUGGAUGUGGAGGAGGACAUGAAGGAGAAUUUGGGACAGAAGGGUGAAAAGGAGUUGGAGGAGGAUGAGAAGGAGAUGGAGGAUGUAGAUGUAGAGGAACUGAAGGAUGUACAUGGCUCUGGCAAAUCACCUCAGCCUGAUGGUGCCAGGGAGCCUGGCACUACCCCACUCACUGGCAUGAGGUGCACGCUGAGUUCUCCAUCACUGGUGCCCAGGCAGCCGGGUGGGAUGGAGGCAUCCCUACAGGCACUGGUAUCCCAGCUGAGGGCUGAGCUGGGUCAGCAGGAGGUGGCAGUGCGAGCAUUGGCAGCACGGCUGGCACGGGCAGAAGUGCGACACCAGCAACAGGAGGAGGGCAGUGCCCAGCGGGCCCGGUUGUGGGCACACGAGGCUGAGGCACUGAGGGAGACCAACACCUUCCUGGAGCGGGCACUGGAGACGGUGGUGGCAGCAGGGUGCCCAGGGGCACUGGCGCAGGCACAGGAGGAGGCACGGGGCUGGCAGGAGGUGGCGGAGGAGCGGGGCACCCAGUUGGCUGAGGUGCUGGCAGAGGGGGCAGCGCUGGCCUCGCGCCUGCGGGAGUGCCAGGCAGCGCUGGUGGCAGCAAGACAGACAGACAUCCUGGGGCAUGCUGGUGCCCAAAAUGAGGUGGCCGUCGUGGAGGAGGUGCUGCGGCAGGCACUGGAGCUCGCCCGUGGUCCCCAGGAGCCCUCACUGGACCCCCAGGCAGAGGGGGAGCCCAGUACAGCUGCCAGCAUGGCCAUGCGCUUGGCCAGCCUGGCCACUGCAGCGCGGGAGGAGACAUGGCAGAGCCGGCAGCAGCUCCAGGCCCAGCGACAGGAGGUGGCACGGCUGCAGGAGGAGCUCAGCAGGGCCCGGCAGGACGGUGAGCGCUGGGCAUCAGCGCUGCAGCGGGCACAGCGGGAGGCCCUGGAGCGAGAGGCCAUGCGUGGCGCCGAGCAGGCGCGGCAGCAGGAGCUCAUCCGCGACAUGAAGGAGCGGCUGCUGGAGCUGCUGCGGGAGAAGGAUGCCCUGUGGCAGAAAACAGAGGGCAUCGACGCCCCCAUGCCCGGCCCGGCAACCCAUGACACAGGGCUAUGCUCCCGCUGCCACAAGGAUUUCCGCCUCCUCUCCCGGCGGUACAGCUGCAGGCUGUGCCAGGGCAAGGUGUGCCAUGCGUGCUCCAUGGACUUUGGCAAGAAGGGCCGCUGUUGCCUGGUUUGUUACCAGCAAAGGCACCCACAGGCGACAUGA